AUGGCAACCGGAAAAACUGGUCUAGUUGUGGUUCUUGGAGUCGAUCCUAGCGAACAUAGCGAGUUUACCUUCAAAUGGUACCUGAAUCACAUACAUCGUCCAGAGAACAAAUUGCACAUCAUUCACGUGCCUGACCACACCCGGGACAUAAGCAGACUACUGCCGGGUUCAAAAGGCCACGACAUCACAGAUGCUAGCAGACAAAUGGCAGAUGUUCUAAUGGAGAACUAUCUACAGUGGUGUUCCCAACAUGGGAUUGGGGACGCCAAGUUUGCCCGCCCGCACGGACACGACCAGUGGCACGAGAUCAUCAAGUACGCGGAGCUAGUCGGGGCUGGACUGAUCGUAAUUGGCAGCCGGGGGCAGGGAAAGCUAAGGAGAACUUUCAUGGGAAGUGUCAGCGACAGCGUCCUCCACCACUCACACGUGCCGGUCCUGGUGUGCCGGAGCAAGGACAACGUGCAGCUCAGCCACUAG